AUGGUGGCACUUAGAUCAAAUACCAGUCUCUCGAAUAAAAGACAAUCAUCCUUUUUUAACCAAUUGCCUCCAGCAGAACCAGAUGUUUUUUACAUCGGUGUUGAUGUUGGUACCGGUUCCGCAAGAGCAUGUUUGAUAGAUACAAAUGGUUUUAUCUUGGGCUUAGCCGAAAAACCAAUCUCAAGACAUGAGUUAAAAUUAAAUUACAUUACGCAAAAUUCAACUGAAAUUUGGGAUGCUAUAUGUUUCUGCGUUAAGCAUUGUUUGAGAGAAUCCGGAGUUGAUCCGUCACAUGUGUUUGGUAUAGGAUUUGAUGCAACUUGUUCCUUAGUUGCGGUAUCGGAAUCAACUGACGAACCGGAGUCAGUAGGACCCGAUUGGGAAAAUGCCUCGGAGAAUAUUAUUCUCUGGAUGGACCACAGAGCAGAAAAGGAAACCAACGAGAUCAAUGCUACAAACGAUAAGUGUCUUAAAUAUGUUGGUGGACAAAUGUCAAUAGAGAUGGAGUUACCCAAGAUGAAGUGGUUGAAACAUCACAAGCCUGGGGGGAUCAAGGAUUGUAAAUUCUACGACUUGGCGGAUUAUUUGGUCCACAAGGCAUCCGGUAAAGAAACUAGAUCCUACUGCUCAGUAGUUUGUAAGCAAGGAUUCGUUCCUUUAGGAGUCGAAGGUUCUAAAACUGGUUGGUCUGAGCCAUUUUUACUAUCAAUUGAUAUGCCUGAACUAACUGAAGAUAACUUUAGGAGAUUGGGUGGUACCCCCGGGGUAAAUGGCACAUACUUGACUGCAGGUGAAAAAGUUGGAACGUUGACCGAGAAAUCGGCUAGUGAGUUGGGGUUAACUGUUGACUGUAUUGUUGGUUCGCCAGUUAUUGAUGCUUACGCAGGUUGGGUAGGCACAGUUGCCGCUAAAGCAGAUGUUCCAGCACUACUUGAAGAAAACAUUGAAGGUUCUAUUGGAGACGCUUGUGGUAGGUUAGCUUCCGUUGCCGGUACAUCAACUUGUCACAUUGCAAUGACCAAGGAGCCUUGCUUUGUUGAGGGGGUUUGGGGUCCUUAUAAGGAUGUUAUGGCUAAAGGAUACUGGUUGGCCGAAGGUGGCCAAUCCAUAACAGGUCAAUUGUUGGCACACGUCUUGAGUAUCCACCCUGCCAAUCAGGAAUUGCUAAGAGCUGCAGAUCAAUCGAAUAUUUCCAAAUUCGAUUAUUUAAAUGCCAGAUUAGAACAAAUGGUGAAGGAUAAAAAUGAAAGAUCUGUUGUGUCACUUGCUAAGCACAUGUAUUUCUAUGGUGACUUUCAUGGUAACCGAUCCCCAAUUGCAGAUCCAAGAAUGAAGGCGAAUAUUAUCGGACAAUCUUUAGACAAUUCAUUAGAUGAUUUGGCUAUCAACUAUUUUGGAGCAUGUGAGUUUAUUGCUCAACAAACAAGACAGAUUGUUGAGCAUAUGGAAGACGGUGGGCAUAAGAUUAUGUGUAUCUUUAUGAGCGGAGGACAAUGUCGUAACGGGUUGUUGAUGAGAUUGCUAGCUGACUGUACUGGUUUGCCCGUUGUCAUUCCCAGAUAUAUUGAUGCUGCAGUUGUUUUUGGUUCAGCAAUAUUGGGAGCAGUUGCUUCCGUUAAAGCAGUUGAAGAAUAUUGCGAAGAUAGAAUAAAUAGUGCUAGAUCCAAAGCAUUGAAAAAAUCACAAGCUAAUUUACAAAAGAUGCAAUCAAGAGGUGGUGAUAUACCACCACCUUCGCCAUAUACUGCACCAACCGCAACGUCGUCCACCAACUUGGUUACGUUUUCGUACCCCAAUGUUAAUCCAGGUUUGAGUAUGACUUCACUUGACGAUAACAAGGAGAUUGAUUACUUCAACCAGCCUGUGCAACAACCGCCAAGUAUACCAGAAGCGGAUUCUUCUCAAUCCAAAAGCGACAAUGAAUCAGACGAGGAAGGGUCUUUAUCGUUUGGCCCCAAGCAAGAGACACAAAAGGACUUGUCUCAAAAAUUGGCAAGAAUGAAUAUAAAACCAUUGUCAUCUAUUAAGAAGCAAGAGGCGGAAGAAAGCUCUGGUGCAUUAUUAUGGAAGAUCAUGCUGCAAAUGACUGGUCCAGGUAAAGUUGUUAAUCCCACCUCGAAAGAUGACCAGGAUAGAAAAUUGUUGAAUGUGAAGUAUAAAAUCUUUUUAGAGCAGUGUUUUAAUCAACAGAGAUACCGGGAGAUGACUGAUGAGAUUGAAGCUGAAAAUGCAAGCUCAUAG